CAUGAGUUGUGAUGAGUGGUUUUACUUCGUAGUUGUUUCAACAUCGUAUAUGCAUGUCCUUUUUGCCUCUUGAAGUCUUGCAGUACACAGAGAUCGCCUUGUAAAAAUCGUAACAUUUAACUAUCUUCGUUGUUGACUGUUGUGUUGUAUUAUUUCACGAACUUCUAAAACAUGUUCCCAACAGAUUCGGACAAAUCGGUGAUCGUUCACUGUCCGCUUUGUGUGCAACUUUUAGCAUUCGCAUGUCAUCACGACGCACUGAUCGAUGAACUUUUAGAGCUGACAUCCUCUUCGCAGGAAAUUAAAGUAAACAUGUACGGAAUCGGACAGGAUAUGCGAGUAUUCGAUAACAAAGAUAUCAGUUCAAUUUAUCGAGAGUUCGAGAGGAACGGCAUCGAUUCGUCGUUUGACGAAAGUACAAACGAACAAUCCGUCGAAAGUGCAAAAAGCUGCUCUCAAAGCGGUAACGAAAAGUUGCAACCGGAGCUUGGAGUUGAGGAAUCAUCCGAAGAGCGACAGGUAGAAGUUCUUAAACCAUACAGUCAAAAGCGCAAGGAAAACGCCCUCUAUUGCGUUUUCUGCUACAACAACGGUGAACGAGAAACGAAAUAUUUGAGCCACAAAUGUCGCGACAAAAAAGGCAAUGUCACUUGCAGCAAGCUGCGCAGAUACGUGUGUCCGAUUUGCAAAGCCACCGGAAAACAAGCUCACACAAAGAAGUACUGUCCGAUGAAGCCAAUUAUCAAACCGGAGGAUUUGUUGGGGAUGGGAUAUGUGGGAGAUGCAUCACGCUAUGGACCGAACGCAAAAAGACAGGGAGGCAGGCAUCCUCGAUUUUAGACUGUUUUGUUUUGUGGAUCUAUAGUUAAUUAAGCCAUUUUUGAUAUCUUAAUGUUCUAGUCCCUAUGAGUGGCAAAGCUCAGAUCAAUGUGUAGAUUUCAGGAUGAAAACUAUCGAGAAUACCAUUUCGAUACGAAAUGUGUACAGAAGGCAUUGCAUGAAAUCUUGCCAAGAGCAAUUUCUUAUAGAAAGAAUGUUGCUUUCGAAUCUAAACUUACUUUUCCCUUGUCUAAAACAGGGAUUUCUGAUAAUUUGUCAUCUGUUUUUAAUUCAUUAAUAACGUAUAUCAAUGUUUCGUUUAAUAUAUUCAUUUAAUUCCAUUGGUAGGAAAGAUAGAUAUGUUUUCAAAGAAAACGUAUAGAUUCAUAAAUUAUAUUCUUAUAAGCAUUUCGAUCGUUUUGUUUUAUAUGUUUACUGGAAUU